AUGAGCGGUUUGUUGUCAACUCAACCCAAAGUCGAUAGUCAUUUAGAUGAUCUGUUCAAGAAUUCCGCUGGUAAAAGUGAAAUUGCUGUCAAGCCCAUCUUGACCGAGGAAGUCGUUGCUAAUGUAACCAAAAAGACAAAGAGCCAAGGAAAGAAGGAAGCCAACAAAGCAUUCUUGGGUUUCAAGAAGGCUAGAGAACUAGUUGCUGCCACAAACAAGAGAAAAGCUGAAGAAUUGGAAGCAGAGACAAAGAAGAAGGCCAAGAAGGUGCUGACCGUUGAAGAAUUGGCCGAGAAAGAGUUGAGAACCAUCUUUGUCGGUAAUUUGCCUGUCGAAUGCAUUGAAAAGGAGGGUUAUAAGCAACUGGAAGCAAGAUUCAAAGAAUGUGGAAAGAUCGAGUCAAUUCGUUUCAGAUCAGUAGCCUUCUCACAGCCCAUGGACCGUAAAUCAGCAUUUCUUGCUCGCAAGCUUCACGAAUCCCGUGAUGUUUUGAACGCCUACAUUGUCUUUAAGGAAAAGGCAUCAGCAGACAAGGCUUGCAAAUUGAACGGUGUUGUGUUUAUGGACAAGCAUUUGCGUGUGGAUGGAGCCUCCAACGACAAGCAGCAUGACCGCAAGAGAUCCGUAUUCUUGGGCGGAUUACCAUUCGACACAGAAGACGAGGAGCUUUGGGAGUUUUUCAAGGAUUGUGGAGACAUUGAAAGUGUGAGAACCGUCAGAGAUGCAAAGACAAAUGUUGGCAAGGGAUUCGGCUAUGUGCAGUUCAAAGACCGUGAAUGUGUGGAUGCUGCAUUAGCAUUAACAGACAAGAAAUUCCGCAACAAAACCAAGAUUCGUAUUCAACGUUGCAAGAUACCCGUAUCUGAAGGUGGUACCAGAGAUGUCAAGAAGAAGGGCAAGAAGAACAAUGCUCAGAACCGCAAACCUUCUGGCAAAUCCGGCAAGCUGAUACCUAGCCCCAAGAGAUUAGAAGGUACGCGUGCCACCAAGAACGAUGGCAAAAAGUUUAAACUAGUCAAGGCAAGCAAAAAGCCCACCAAGAAGGGUGGAAAGAAGUAA